CAGUUUAGGGUUGCAUUUGACCGAUGGCAACUGUCAAACUUGACGAAACUCUUUGACAACUGGCCGCUGCUACUUCCGACAGCGCAACUGUCAAUUUCUUUCUUUUUCGUAUUUUUACGAUAGUUGUUUGGUUGAACCCAACAAAGCACAUCCAAAAUGAAAUUGAACAAGUUCGUGACAUCUUCCCGCAGAAAGAACCGCAAGCGCCAUUUCCAGGCCCCCUCCCACAUUCGCCGUCGUCUUAUGUCGGCUCCCCUCUCCAAGGAGUUGCGUCAAAAGUACAACGUUCGCUCCAUGCCCAUUCGCAAGGAUGAUGAAGUGCAAGUUGUUCGCGGCCACUUCAAGGGUAACCAAGUCGGCAAAGUUGUCCAAGCCUACCGUAAGAAGUUUGUCGUCUACAUUGAAAAGAUCCAACGUGAAAACGCCAACGGCACCAAUGUUUAUGUUGGCAUUCAUCCCUCCAAGUGCUUGAUUGUCAAAUUGAAGUUGGACAAGGAUCGCAAGGCUAUCUUGGAACGUCGCGGCAAGGGACGUUUGGCUGCUUUGGGCAAGGACAAGGGCAAAUACACCGAAGAAACCGCUGCCCAACCCAUGGAAACCGCUUAAGCCUGAUUUAGUUCAUAGUUGUGCUGUGUAGUAUAUCAACAACAACAAAAACAAACAACCAUCAAUACAAUUAUCGGGAGGAUGAUGGCAUACGAAAUAAUGGUCAGUGACUGUUGACGAAUGCCAUCGAUUUAUUUUUAUUAAAAUACAAAACCACUGGAUUUCUUUAAAAUAAAGAAAACAACUGUUUUAUAAAAUUAA